UUUUUCCCACCCCUAUCCCCCUCCCCCAUCCCCUCUCUCUCCUCCUCACCCUAUUUAUCCAUCUGGGAACCUUCUUCAACACUCCAUCCGACGACCCACACGCGCCCACGUCCUCGUCGUCUUCUUCGCCCGCCCCCCGCCCCCAUCACCCCCUCUAUAUAAAUACCCGCCCGACCCUUCUCCCCGUCUCCGCCUUGGCUUUCUAGGGUUUCCAGUAAUACCGUGAGACCUGGUGGAAUUCGUCGAUUUGGACGGCGGAAUCCCUCGCCUUCUCGCCCUCCUGGGUUUUUUUUCUUGAGGGGAAAGAUUGAGGAAUCUGGGGGCGGUUUUUGUUUUCUUGGGGUCCCAUGGCGAUUAUGAAGAAUAGCCUUAGGGUUUCGAGGCUGGACGGUGAUUCCUCGCCGGGGAGUCGGGGCAGUAUGUCCAGUGAGGAGGAGGAAGAGGAGGUCCGGACUCGGAGUUCGGCGUCGGAGACUGAUGGCGCCGAUGUCUCGGAUGUCGACUCUGGGAUGGGAUCCGACGAGUUCGAUAUUUCGGAGCUUGGUGAGGCCGGGACUGAGUUAUGCCAAGUGGGAAACCAGAGCUGCAGCAUCCCGCUGGAUCUCUAUGAUCUUCCUGACUUGGGGACGGUCCUCUCGUUGGAGACCUGGAACGAGUGCCUCUCUGAGGAGGAGCGGUUUGCCUUGGCUGAGUACCUUCCUGAUAUGGACCAAGAGACGUUUGGCCGGACCUUGAAGGAGCUGUUCUCGGCCCAAAACUUCCACUUUGGGAGCCCGCUUGUUGAGCUAUUCAAUCGGCUGAAGGGCGGGCUUUGUGACCCGAGGAUUGUUCUUUACCGCAGGGGUCUUAACUUCUUUCAGAGGCGCAAGCACUACCAUUACAUGUGCAAGUAUCAGAAUGCUAUGGUAGGAAGCCUUUUCCGGAUAAGGGAUGCUUGGCAGAAUUGCGCAGGAUAUGGCAUCGAAGAAAGGCUUCGGCUGUUGAACAUUCUGAGGAGCCAGAGGCCUUUGUGUUAUGAGAGGGAUGGAGACAUGGAGUCUGAGACGGAUUCAGGGAGUGGGGAUUCGGGUGAUCGUUACUGGAAUAAAAGGUUUAAAAUGGAUCGGUGGGCAGUGCAGUCAUCAAGGCUUUCCUUUGAUAUCAUGUCUCGUGGGAGUGGUAUGUCUGUGGAGCAGAUGAAGUUUGGGAAAGAAAACUCAAAGGGGGUGCUGAAGGUUGCCAGUCCCAAAGUCUCUGCCCAAAAGGAGUACUUGGGAGCAGCCCGUCAGCAUCCCUCUGCUGCUAAGCAUAGUGUGGAGGCAAAGACUAGACUGCGCAUGUCGCUGUUAUCUCUUCCCCAGCAGGAUAAAGUUGCAGGACAUGAGUUGGGGAAUUCUCAAAGGGCUAGACAUCAGAUGAGUGGUGAUCUGGAUGAUAUUGAGGAGCAGGAUUAUGAGAUGGGCUUGCAGGGAGGCUGGAAUGCACUUUAUGGAAAUGCUGCAGGCAGGGCUAACUUGCUGAAACUAGGAAAGAAGCAUGAAUUACUAAAAAGAUAUGGCAGAGGUAUGUUUGAUGAUGAUAUCCCUGAUGGUUAUGAUAGGUUUCCUCCUUAUCAAGGUAGGAGUAAGAAUUCUGAUCAGGUGGUCACUAUAGCUUCUUAUGAUCAUCAGUCCCUUGACACCCUGAAGAAAGCUAAGUAUUCCGAGGAGGGGACAUAUCCUGCUAGAGAGCGGCCUCAGCAUCAAACUCUGAAAGGAAGUCAGAUAGACAGGUCAGCUGGCAGUCACCCCUUUCAGCAUAACAAACUGCUUGAAGAAGCCAUUUCCAUGGACAGAGGCAAGAAAUGGAAGGUUAGGGAUGAGUAUAAAACUGGCAAAAGUAAAGUUGGACUCGAUUCCAAGAUCAAAUCUUAUAAAACUAUUCCAGCACAGAUGGAUGAUUCAUACUUUCACUCUGAUCUUAGAGCCAAAACAAUACAAGGGAAGAUCAAGAAUAAGUCUCCACAGUAUGAGGGAAUGGGUAUGGACUAUGCAAGGGGCCCUGUGAUGUAUUCUCAAAGCGAGGAGACGGAAUCAGAUUCUUCAGACCAGGUUGAGGAAGAUGGAGGUACUAAUCAUUCAGCGAGGAAGUUGGGGCAUUUAAGUGGUGACCUGGAGGUCUAUCACUUAGGAGUUGCUAAAUCUUUGUCUGAUUCUAAAAAGGUCAACAAGCUUACAAAGAUGGAUCAAAAAGUGUAUUCGCAUUUUCCUGACGGAGCCACAAGCAUUUAUACAAAAGAAGUAGAACCUUACUCCACAAAAGGGAAGAAGAAAGGUAAAAUAAAUGAGCCCAAUUACUUCUGUGAUGUUACAUUGAUGAAGAAGGGCCAAAUGCCACAGUCUAGUGAGAAGCUACAACCGCCGUUACUCAAGAAGUACAAUACAGAGAAGAAGCGCAAGGGAAUGAUUGAUCUGGAGACUUCUUCACAGCAGCCAAUUUAUUUGCGUGAUUAUGGCAGUGGCAUGUUGCAUGAGCGUGAGGAGAAUUUGGAUGGAACUUCCGGGUUACUGGGUAACCAGAUGCGAGUUUACAAGUCAAGGAAAGGAAACCAACCUUCUGAUGCUCUUACUAUCGAGGCUGAUCAUCAUGAAAGACCAAGCAUGUCCCUGUUAGGAUGCAACUCAGUGAAGAAGAAACCAAAAGUGAAGGCUGAAGCUAUGUGUGUUGACGAGCCAGAUGAACCUCUUUACCAACAGUCUAGUCCAAAGCAGCAAAUCGAUGACCACAAUGUCGUGAAGAAGAAGGGAAAAAGAAAAGCAGAUGCUGCAUCUGAUUCUUUGAUUGUGGCAAAUCCUGAGCUGGUCAUUCAACAAAAAGGAACAGCAGGUGUAGAGCCAGAGGGAAAGUUGCAAAAGAAACCAUUUGCCCUGAUCACACCUACAAUUCACACUGGUUUUUCAUUUUCCAUCAUACAUCUUCUUUCAGCUGUCCGAAAGGCAAUGAUUACUCCCCAUGCAGAAGAUUUGACAGUUAUUGGAAAUCAUCAUGCAAAGAAAGUUGGUAGACUGAUGAGAGAAGAGCAGCACAAUUUGGGUCAAGUGGCCAAUGGCACACAGGUGCCCCAUUCUCAUGAGAACAUGGAUGGACAUACUUCAGAGCAUGCGGGUCAGAAUAAGUUACCUUCUCUUACAGUUCAAGAGAUUGUCAAUCAUGUUAGAUCGAAUCCAGGAGAUCCAUGCAUUCUUGAAACGCAGGAGCCACUUCAGGAUUUAGUCCGUGGAGUGCUGAAAAUAUUUUCUUCAAAGACGGCACCUCUGGGAGCAAAGGGUUGGAAGGCACUUGUAUUCUAUGAGAAAUCAAACAAAAGUUGGAUGUGGAUUGGUCCGGUUACUUCUUGUUCAUCAGAUAAUGAUACUGUUGAAGAGACUUCUGCUGAAGCUUGGGGUAUUCCCCACAAGAUGCUGGUGAAGUUGGUUGAUGCAUUUGCUAAUUGGCUAAAAUCGGGGCAGAAGACCCUUCAGCAGAUAGGAAGUCUUCCAGCACCUCCAAUAUCAAUGUUAUCAAACUUGGAUGAGAAGGAGAGGUUCAAAGAUUUAAGAGCCCAGAAGAGUCUAAAUACUAUUAGCUCGAGCUCUGAUGAAGUGAGGACAUAUUUCCGUAAAGAGGAACUUCUAAGAUAUUCUAUUCCAGAUCGGGCCUUCUCUUAUACUUCUGCUGAUGGGAAAAAAUCUAUUGUUGCUCCACUAAGAAGGGGUGGUGGAAAGCCAACAUCAAAAGCUCGGGAUCAUUUUAUGCUGAAGCCUGAUCGCCCACCUCAUGUUACUAUUCUUUGUCUCGUACGUGAUGCAGCUGCCAGAUUGCCUGGGAGUAUUGGAACUAGAGCAGAUGUUUGUACUCUUAUCAGGGAUUCACAAUAUAUUGUUGAAGAUGUCUCCGAUGCACAGGUCAACCAAGUUGUUAGUGGGGCUCUAGACCGGCUGCAUUAUGAACGUGAUCCUUGCGUACAGUUUGAUGGGGAUAGAAAAUUGUGGGUUUAUCUGCAUAGAGACAGGGAGGAGGAAGAUUUUGAGGAUGAUGGAACCUCUUCUACUAAGAAAUGGAAAAGGCCAAGAAAAGAUGCUACAGAUCAGUCAGACAUGGGAACAGUUAAUGAUGGGAGCUAUCAUGCAACUGGAGAUCCAAAAAAUAUUUAUCCCAUCUGAAAACACUUACAUUCUUUCAACUUGGAGAGGAAUGCUAUAGCCUUCAAUGCUGCAAUAAGGUUGUGAACUUUGUCAAGCCGUCAUGACACUCAAAACAGCACAGAGAAAAAUGAUAGGCAUCUUUAGAUUUUCCCCUCUUUUUAUAUGUUUGUCAGAGUUCCCACUUUUCAGUGGUACAUGAUGCAUCAGUAUUACGUUCCAUGGUUUAUAUGUUUGAAAUUACUUGAACGUUUACUGCCUGAAGAGCUGCCUUACAAUGAAUGAACAUUUGAUAGGUGUUAGCUAUUGGAGAUUAUAAAUGCUUCUGAUAUAUAUUGUUCCUUGUUAGCUUCUUUUUAUUAA